AUGCGGGCCCGCCAGUGGCGCCACCGGUGCGACCAGUUCCCGAACGUGGCCCCGCGUGAGUCACUCCGCAAUGGGUUCGCGGAAUCGAAUUUCGAACGCCGCGGACCGUUGCGAAACCGAAGGCGGGGAGGCGUCCCGCGCAGAGGUCCGAACCCGCUCGACUUCAGGGUCGUGCGAAUCGAGGCGGGCAUCGCGAUAGCACCGCAGAUAUCCGUGUCGCGUGCGGGAACCGUGUCACGACCACCGCUAGUCGCGCUGCGCAUUGACGUGACG